GUCGAUCAGGUUUAUCCGAGACACGGCAUCUCGGACGACACCACAAGCCAGUACUGCACAACGGGACAUACAUGUGGGUGCUCGCCCUCGCCGUCUCGAUCUUGUCCGCCGCGCUCUGCCUGCGCUACUUUGCCCGGCGUGGAGAGCGGCUCUACGUGCUGGUCGUCGUGGGCACCUCGUGGUCGAUCGGCUUCUUCAUGUUUCUGGUGCUGCCAUUCGACCUCGAGCACGCGUACUGCCGGCGGUGCCGAUACACAUCGGCGCACGCCGCGGCGCCGCGCGGCAACGAGACCGCCAAUGAUGUGAUCGCGUGGGAGGAUCAGCCGAGCGACUGCCACUGCCUGCCGCACCCGGGCAUAGAGGCGCUUCCGACGCUGAUCCCGGCGGCGUACCGCGUGACGAUGCUGCUCGGCUACCUGAUGAACGACCUGCUCCGCUCGUACAUCAGCUCGGGCGAGUUCACCAGCCGAGGCCGCCUGCGCGACGCGCUGCGCGAGUGCGCAUUCUUUUACGUCCCGUUCACCGUCGUCGGCGUCGGCUUCCUCGUCUACCUAAUCUCGAGGCAAGGCCUGACGCUGACGGCGGUCCGCAUGCUCGUCACCGGCCUCUUCAACGCGAUCGGCCUCUUCAUCCUCGUCGCCUUCCUCGGCUACGGGCUGGUCGAGGUGCCCCGCCAGCUGUGGCACCGCGCGGACGGCAUCGGCCAGCUGCGCUUCCUGCGCUUCAAGGUCGCCGUCCUCUCGGAGGAGCUGCACGAGGCGAGCGGCAAGCUGGAGGAGGCCGUCCACGCCACCGACGCAGCCCUCCGCGCGGAGGCGGCCUCCGCCUCGGCGCAGGCCUCGCUUCGCCUGCAGGCGGGCUUGGCGCAGAUCCUCGCGCGCGAGAAGCUCGCCCUCGCCGCCGGCUCGCCGCUCGGCGCCAACCUGCAGCUGCUCUCGGGCGCCACGUCGGACGAGGAGGGGCAGAGGGGCGUCGCCAUGACCGCGGCGGGCGCCUUGCGCGCCGCGGCUCCCGCAUCCAGCACCGCCGCCGCGCCGCGCAGCAGCGGGCCGGCAAAGUGGCGGCAGGUGCUCGACGACGGCUUCUGA